AUGAAUGAGCCAACUUUGUAUGUGUUGAAUUUAAAUGGCUUUGUAAAUUUGUUGGUCUCAUUGUAUGUUGAUGACUUACUUGUCACAGGUCCAGAUAGUUAUGUUGUGGAUGAUUUUAAAAUGAAGAUGAAGCAGGAGUUUCAAAUGACAGAUCUUGGUGAGAUGACUUUCUUUCUGGGCAUGGAAAUUGUUCAAAAACCAGAUUAUAUAUGUAUUCAUCAAACCAAAUAUGCAAGGGAGUUGCUGCAACGAUUCAACAUGGAAGCUUGUAAGUCAGUAGACACUCCAUUAACCUCAAACAAUAAGUUUUGCAAGAAUGAUGGUAGUGGAGAUGAUAAUGGUGUAGUUUAUAGAAGUCUAGUUGGAUGUUUAUUGUAUCUGACAGCUUCUCGGCCUGAUAUAAUGUAUGCUGCUAGUGUUCUUUCAAGGUAUAUGCAAAAGUCAUCAGAAUUUCACUUUAUUGCAGCCAAAAGGGUGUUACGGUAUGUGAAAGGGACAAUGAAUUUUGGUCUCAAAUUCAGUAAAAAAUCCAGCAAUAAUCUAUUGGGGUAUUGCGACAGUGACUGGGCUGGAAGUCUUGAGGAUUCUCGAAGCACCACAGGUUUUUGUUUUUCUUUCGGUAGUGCUAUGUUUACUUGGAAUUGCAAGAAACGAGAUGUAGUUGCACAGUCCACCGCAGAGGCUAAGUAUAUAGCUGCUACUAUUGCUACUAAUCACGCCUUGUGGUUGAGAAAAAUGCUUAAAGAUAUUGGAUUUAAGCAAAGAGAAGAAACAACUCUCUGGAUUGACAAUCAAUCUGCAAUUGAUAUUGCCAACAAUCCAGUGCAUCAUGGGAGAACAAAACACAUAAGGGUGAAAUAUCAUGCCAUUCGAGAUGCCAUCAAAGAAAAAGAAAUUGCUGUGUAUCACUACAAUUCUUCUAAACAACUAGCAGAUAUUCUGACCAAGAGUUUGAGUAAGGAAAGAUUUGUUUAUCUCAAGACUAUGCUUGGUGUGUGUGAGAUACAUUCCAAGGAGGUGCGUUGA